UAUGGUUUCCGUCACGGUCGCUCAGCCGGCGAUCUUCUUGUAUACCUUACUCACAGGUGGGCUGAAGCUUUGGAGAGCAACGGCAAGGCUCUUACUGUGAGCCUUGAUAUCGCAAAGCCUUCGACAGGGUCUGACAUAGGGCACUUCUGUCGAAACUACAAGUGGGUCGCUAGCUUUUUGGAUGGGCGGAGCGGACGGUAGCUGCUCCGAUACCUUAACCAUUAACGCUGGCGUUCCACAAGGAUCGGUGCCCUUCCCCACGCUUUUCAUCCUGUACAUCAAUGACAUGCUACCUAUUGAUGGCGUGCAUUGCUAUGCAGAUGACAGCACGGGGGAUGCGCAAUAUAUCAGUCAUCAAUGCCUUUCUCGGAGCGUGGUGCAAGAGAGACGAUCUAAACUUGCGUCUGAAGUAGAGAACUCUCUGGGGCGAAUCUCCGAGGGUGAAUCGAACUUAGUUCAAUUCAACCCGUUGGAGACACAGGUUUACGCGUUCACUGCGAAGAAGAACACCUUUGUCGUGGUGCCACAAUUCCAAGAAGUAUCCCUAAAACCUUCCACGAGUAUCGGAAUUCUUGGGGUCGACAUUUCGAGCAAUGUCCAGUUUCGGAGUAAUUUGGAGGCCAACAGCGAAGCG